AGUGGGAUUUUGAACUAGUGAGACGGGGGACAUAUCGAAUGGAAACCAUUGGAAGCUAUCCAGAUUCCAAAUGACUCGCCACAUCAGACAGGCGAGGCUAUAACAUACGAAUAUGAGUUCAAGUUCGAUUUAUUAUUCAAAGUUUUAUUUUGCUCUUGUUCGUCUGGUAAGGACUGAAGUUGAAUAGGCUGGAGAUCUUCUAGCCUUCAGUUAUCUUUCGAGUCCAGUGUUUUGAUGUGUUAUGUGAUAAAUUGAUUGCUGGAUUUGUCAACACCACCUGAGUUCGUUUGUUUUGAAUUGCCAGUCUCAUUUACAAAUCGUUUGGGAAAGGAUAUUGAUUUACUCACUGGAAGAGAAGAGAAAUGACACGCAGUGUGUACCAAACCGUGCAAUGACAAAUCCACCGACCAGCGAGCAUCAACACGUCCUUCUGAUGGAGCUACUGUUAUAAACUGGGGGGGAAGCUUCUAUUUUUAAACACAGCAUUUUCGCUAAUGUCUCGAAUCUUUUGAAACUACAAUUUAUUUAUCGCAGUAAAGACUCUAAAGAAAAUAAGAAGUAGAAAGGAAUGGGAGAGAAACCGAAGAGAAUCGGCGCAGAGAACAAGGGAACAUUGUUUGGGAAAACACAAUUAUAGGAAACACCAACACGCAACAGAAAAUAGCUCUCCUCGAGCGCCUAUCAAACCCGGACAGAAAUCGAUUCAACGGGAGAUAUUUUUUUUGUGGAAGAAGGGGAGUGGUGCUCAAGCCAUUGAACACAGCUAGAGCAACUUUCUCUGCCGUAGUUGUCAAUUACUACGUUGUGUGCUCUAUUAUUCGUUUCAUAUCCAUGCGGUUGCCCAAGGCACGAUAUUUCCUCCUCACGCGUUAAGUGACUCACCUAUAGCUUACAAGGCUAUAGCCUUUGUUUGGACGGCACCCCAUCUACAUCCUCAUAGAAAACAUACCAUUGAUUUUUUUUAAAUGGGGUUCAAUAAUAGCGGUUGUGGAGUUGCAAUGGCGUGUCGGAGAAGUGGGAGUAAACUGGGAUUUGUGCUGAUAUUCUUACUGGAUUUACUGGGAACGGCGGUGAGCAACAUGGAACCCAUCUACUGGAAUUCAGUGAACAAAAGGUUUUUGGACGAUAAGGGCUACGUCCUCUACCCUCAGAUCGGGGACCGCCUGGACCUCAUCUGUCCGUCGUCGGACCCCCCCAGCCAGCGGGCCCCCGCCGAGUAUGAGUUCUACAAGCUAUAUCUGGUGUCGUCACGUGACCAAGCGGACAGGUGUGAGGUGACGGGCGCGCCCAACCUGCUGCUCACCUGUGACAAGCCCAACAAUGACAUGAGAUUCACUAUCAAGUUCCAGGAGUACUCUCCUAACCUGUGGGGACACGAGUUCAAGACCAACGCUGACUACUACAUCAUCGCCACGUCAGAUGGGACGCGCCAGGGCCUGGAGAGUAUGAGGGGAGGAGUGUGUGCCACGCAGGGUAUGAAGGUGAUCCUCAAAGUGGGACAGAACCCAUAUGGACUGCCCCCGAAACCUGCCAAACCAGACCAAAGUGCGGGCCGUACCAACACCAGAAAUACAGGUGGUGCUGGUAACGCCACCCAUCCCAGGGUUCCUAGCGGUGGCGCCGGGGAUUCGGGAGGCGCAGGGGGCGAGAACGGACCCCUCCCCCCCUCCAAUGUGGCUGUCAUCGCCGGCGCUGCAGGGGGCUCCGCCUUCCUCCUCCUGGUCACCGCGGUGAUCUGCGUGGUGUGUUACCGGCGGCGACACGCCAAGCACUCGGAGUCCCACCACCCGCCCCUGUCACUCUCCUCCCUCACCAGCCCCAAGAGGCAUGGUGGCGGGCACGGCGGCGGCCAUGGGGGCGGUAACAACAACGGCUCGGAACCCAGUGACAUCAUCAUCCCGCUGCGGGCUUCGGACUCGGCGUACUGCCCUCACUACGAGAAGGUGAGCGGGGACUACGGUCACCCCGUCUACAUCGUUCAGGAGAUGCCCCCCCAGAGUCCAGCAAACAUCUACUACAAAGUAUGAGGGCAGUUGCCAUGACAACCUACAGUACUACCAACUACCAUCUUACCCUGUCCUGUACAGUACAGUACCACCUACAGCCCACCUACAAUAUACCCUGUCCUAUAUAGUACAGUACCACGUCAAACCUACCUACAGUAGUCCAUCACUGACUUACCCUCCAAAACCACCAAGACCUUCAGUCCCUUAUACAGUAUCUGAAAUUCCCUAUCCAACCCCAGUCCCAGCCACAGGUGUGUGCAUCUAGCUAACUGAAGAGGCCAUCCGUACGCCCACCCCUCUUCACUCGACUGUGUCACUAAGCUAAGUAUGGAGGGUUUAGUAUAUAGCCCCCACCGGCCCCUUAAAAGAGGACAGGACUAGCAAGAGACUCUGGGGCCCACUUCUUCUUUUUUUGUCUCACCAUGAAUCAAACCCCCCCCCUCCCCCCUCACCAGAGCUGAAGAGAAGAGUCCCCUCCCUGUACACCAUGAGGAUAAGUGUGUGAGAACACGCACACCAAGCUAGUGUGAGAGAACACACACUGGUACCGCCACAACUUGGACUUCUGGGACUCUGACCCCUAGAAAAUCCAUCGACCAACCAUAUCCUGAGAUCUCUGUAUUUCUCUAAUGCUCCUGUCCUGUAUCAGACCUACCUGCCUCCUGAUUGGACCCUGAGGCUAACUGUGGCCCUUGAUGUUAUAUCUCACAAAUAGGAUCCUAGUUUGUUUGUGUGUGUAUGGUUUCUCAUUGGACCAGGGGCCUCUGACUCUCUCACCCAAUCAGAAAGCUGGGCUGGAGUCACGUGAUCAAUCGGUCAGACCAUCGAGUCUUAGUGACAUUCAGAAUCUUGUAUAUUUUAAUAACGUUUGUGUAUGUGUGCGUGCGUGCGUGCAUGUGUGGGAGACUAGGAUAAUAAUUCUGACACUGCUGUUGCACAGAAGUGUGUGUGCAGUUAGUGUGCUUUAGUACAGCGUGUGUGUGUGUGUGUGUUAAUCUGUGUAUACGCUACAUGCGAGCGAAUGUGUGUGUUCGCGUGUCUUUAGACUUGUCUUAAAAACCAAAACACAAAAAAGUGAGUGAAUAUAAAAAAAAGGUGAGAUUUUUUUAUCGCUAGCAACACUUACAGAUUAUAUAUGAAUAUCCAGUCAUUAAUUUCUAGACGUCUUGUUUUUUUUAUUGUUUUUUAUUUUGAUUCCUCCACUUGUAAAACAACACUUCUGUUAUACUGCUAGAUCUUUUACCCUGUGCUUUAUUGUUUGCGAUUUAGAAACCUGACCCUAUUUCCUUCCCCUUUGAGUUGUAAAUUAAUUUAAUCUCUUUGUUUUUCUUUCCUUGGCGAACUGAGGUCGUUUCUCUCUCUCUCUCUCAUCGCCUCCCUCCCCCCUCUGGGCCUCCCCCUAUGUAUAUUUUUAUACUUCUUGUACUAUGCUGUAGUUUUGAAGUUUAGACCUCGUUUGUGGUGGAAGUUGUUGAGGUAGAAACCAUCGAUGAAAGUUUUUUUCAAACGCUUUUGAACACAAGGAAAAAGCAAGGGGGGAAAUGAACGAGGGCGGGUUCCAAAUGAAAUGAAAUAUAAUGAAAAGAAAAAACGGGAACCGGAGUCGCUGUCUAGGGGGAAAAGAGAAAAAGCGACUGAAUGUGGAACUUUUGUUUCAAAAAAAAAAGAGAAAAGACUGAAGAAGGAAUUGCACACUAAAGAAAAGAAAGAGCGCGAGAAGAGAUGGAAGAAGUGGGGGGAUGGGAGGUGAAUUGAGCGAUGAGAGAGAAGAAUCCCUGGGAAGGAUAGAGAGAGAGUGAAACAGUGACUGUGGCAGAAGAGAGGAGCCUUUCCUUUAAUGGAGUGCUGAGAAGGAGUGAUGGACCCUAGGUGGACGAAGGAGAGGAACAGACACACAGCUGAAAUGGAUUUCAGGGAGAAACCUCACUGUGGAAUAAGGAGGAGAGAUUUCAUCUAAAACACACACACACACAGUGACAGAUAGAUACACAUUCAAGAUAACAGACACAGACAAUACUCUUCUCUGAAGGGAAAUGGCACGUUUCAAAUUCUCCCGAUUUUACAGCUUUAUGUAUCAGACGCUGAUUAUAUCGACACAGACACACACACACACUCUGCAGACACACUGAGCCCUCUCACAUUCUCUUUCACUGUCAAACACGCACACACAUAAAUGCCGUACAUGUAUACGCCAAUUUCACACACACUCUCUCUGUCUGGCUAUCUCUGCAUCCCUCUCUCUGCCACACACACACACACACACACACACACACACACACACACACACACACACACACACACACACACACUGAUUGCUCCCAUGUGGCUCCCUAUUUCUGACACAGUCCUGGCUUUCUCCCCGUGAUUAAGUCAACCUCUGUGUGUGACAGAAGGAUUAAAGGUGGGUGUGUGCUCCCUGUUUUUGUGCGUGUGUGGACGUGUUUAACUAUACUCACGGGGGCCAGAAAUCCCCACAAGAAUAGUAGACAAGCAAACAUUUGACCAACUGGGGGC